AAUCUUAAUCUUUUCUCCAACGUCAAGAAUAUCUCUUUGCUUCUUCUGCUUCCUUAUUAUUCCAAUUUCCAACCCAAUUCCUCUUCCUAUAGAUCUGCAUCCUUUUUGCUCAACCAAAAAUAUAUUUGCAUAUUUUACCCUUAGUUUGAAGUUGGGUUCCUGCUAGUAGCUAUAUACAAUCUAAAUCAUGGAAGGUGUUGUUGUGAGAAGGGUCAUUCCUUCUGAUAAUAGUUGUCUAUUUAAUGCAGUUGGAUAUGUUAUGGAUCGUGACCAAACUAAAGCUGCUGAGUUGAGACAGGUUAUAGCUGCAACAGUAGCCAGUGAUCCUGAGAAAUAUUCUGAAGCAUUUCUUGGGAAGCCAAAUUCAGCGUAUUGUAACUGGAUUCUUGACCCAGAGAAGUGGGGAGGUGCAAUUGAACUCUCAAUAUUAGCAGAUUAUUAUGGACGUGAAAUCGCAGCCUAUGAUAUCCAGACAACACGAUGUGAUUUGUACGGUCAGGAAGGUAAUUAUUCUGAAAGGGUGAUGCUGAUUUAUGAUGGUCUCCACUACGAUGCUUUAGCUGUGUCUCCUGUUGAAGGAGCUCCCGAGGAUUUUGACCAGACCAUAUUUGUCAUACAAAAAAACAGAAGCAUUGGACCUGUUGAGGGGCUUGCUUUAAAUUUUAUUAAAGACCAACAUAGGAAACGAAGAUUCACCGACACUGCCAACUUCACUCUACGAUGUGGGGUAUGCCAAAUUGGAGUCAUUGGUCAGAAGGAGGCAGCGGAGCACGCCCAAGCAACUGGUCAUGUAAACUUUCAAGAAUAUAAAUGAUACAUUGUGAGGCAAUAACUUGCAUGUGUAAUCUCAGUUGAUUUGAAUGAGUAUGAGUGUCAUUUUUUUAUUUUAUUAAACAUUUAAACUGAAUAAUCUGCAUGCCUUGGAAUUGUUGUGGCAAAUUGUGUUGUAAUUGUAAUCAUAGUUCCUUUCCUUGGUCUCAAAUCUCAAUCAAUAGACAAUUAGAAAAUUUCCUUCACUACAGGAUUAUCAUCA